AUGAUAAAGCACCUCCGAAUUCAUGGAGUUGAAAUAAAUGCGUGCCCCGUCUUUAAUGCGCUGCGCCGAACAUCCUCCGCCGCCUCUUCCUCUGGCUCCGACCCCCAGCCUGGCACCGCAGUGACUGCACUGAAGUCCGAAUCCGCGGCAAGGGGGAAGAUGUCGGCGCAACAAAAGGAAGAGUGCCACAGAAAGGUCACUGCACACAUUGUGAAAAGACUGCAUCCCUUUUCAGAGGUGGAAUCACCAACAUUUAGGGACAUGGUGAAAACUCUAAACCCCAAAUAUACACCACUUUCCAGGGAUUACUUGUCAAACACAUUAAUCCCAUCGUGGUACAAGGUUGAGAAGUCUAAUAUUAUUACAGAGCUCAGUGAAGUCAGCGCUGUUGCACUCACAUGUGAUGGCUGGAGUAGCAUCACACAGGACCACUACCUCACCAUCACAGCACACUACAUAGAAGAGGGCAAAAUGCAGCAAAAAGUGCUAAAAACAAAGGCUGUUUACAAAGCACAGACCGGUUGUGUUGUUGCAGAGGAAAUUAGUGAUGUUCUGUCAGAGUUUGGCAUAUCUGAUAAAAUUGUAGCAGUAACUGUAGAUAAUGCUGCCAACAUGGAUGUGGCAAUUAAGCGCCUGCGAUUUGUGAAACUGUGCUGUUUUGCCCACACACUUAAUUUAGCAGCACAAAGUCUAUACUCCCUAAAUUCAGUGAGUCAGUGGGUGGCCAAGGUCCGAACCAUUGUUGUGUGGAUGAAGAGGUGCUCAAUGGCCAAGGUGGUUCUAGGAGAGAAGCAACAACUUCUACAGCUGCCCCGACACUCACUCAUACUCGAUGUGAGAACACGGUGGAACUCUCUGUACCUAAUGCUGGAGAGAUUCACAGAGCAGUACCCUGCAAUUCAAGCAGCCAGCUUGGAUCAACGGCUGAGAAAAAAUAUGGAUAGGGACAGACUUGCUCGGCUAACUGAGGAGGAUUUUAGGAAAGCUGAAGACUUCAUCAACCUGAUGAAGGUGCUCUACACCUCAACACUCUGCGUGUCCUCCGAAAAGAGUCCCACAUGUGGACAGAUUCUGCCUAUCCUCAAAAAGCUUGAGGCACACCUAGCUGUAAAUGAGGGAGACACAGUCUUUGUAUCAAACCUUAAAAAACAGGUUUGGGCAAACCUAUCCAAGCGCUACCAGAAUGAUGAGAUCAGGAACUUUCUCCAAGUGGCCACCGCGUUGGAUCCACGCUUUAAACAUAAAUUGGAUGAUGGCACGGUUGACACCAUCUGGGACCAGAUCCAGAGAAAUCUGAUUGAACAGUCAACAGAGGAAGACGGUGGAGCUGAUGGGGACACCAUGCAGUCUGAGAAUGAGGACGAGCAGGAGAGUCAACAGCCUCCCUGCAAACUGCCCAGGAAGACUCCACUGGAGGAGCUGUUCGCUGAGGAAGAGGCACAGAACAUAGUGUCACAGCAGAGCUCCAUAUCCAUCAAGAAACAAGUGGAGAGAGAGCUGCAGAUAUACCAGGAAGUUCCACCAGUCCUUAUGUCUGAGGACCCUGCUGCAUGGUGGUGGAACCAACAAAAGACUUAUCCUUUGCUGUCAAAUCUCGCUUUCUCCUAUUUAUGCGUUCAAGCUUCUUCUACACCCAGCGAACGUGUUUUCUCCACAGCAGGAGAUGCUAUCUGUCCAGAACGCUCACGCAUCCUGCCUGAGAAGGCAGAUAUGAUCAUUUUCCUAAACAAGAACUGUUUCUGA